AGUUUUCAUCAGCCUUGAAAGGACGCCGAGCCACCAUCGGAACCGAGUACAGCCCGCAGACCCAUCCCACAGCGGGCCUUGAGCGGAGCUUUAAAGGAGAAGUUGUACUGGGCAUCAUGAAUGUCAAUGAUUUUGUAAUUCUCCCAGGCUCAAAAGCUGGAACCUCAGUGAGAUUAAAAACAAAAACUGUCAAGGAAUUGCAGCUGGAGAAAGCUCAGUUGGAAGCAGAAAACAAAGAGAUGGAGAGGAGAUUAUUGCAGCUGCAGUCAAACAUGAGCAGAGAAAAAGAAGAGAGGAGGAAGUUGGGUGCUUAUCAUUGGAAAUCUGGGCAGGCAGGACCAAGGACCCCCCAAACCCGAACUGUGGCACAAAAUAAUGAAAACAGGAAAAAGGUUUCUCCACAAAGAGUGAAGUUACAAGUACUCAAACAGAUUCAAGAGCCAGUGAAAAAACCAGUCAAGCCUAAAAGAGGAAAUGUGGUAGCUCAUGAGAAGUUGGGAGUGAAGGGGGUGGGCUAUGGACCACCUGAAAUUAAGGGUGGGCUGCUGGAACCAGCCUCAGCAUCAACCAGUGCAAGCCCUGGGAAGCAGCAGGACCAAGGAUUGCUGCUGAGUGGUGCCUUUGAUGAGAGGGCAUCUGCAGAGUCUUUCCAGGAAGCUUUGCUUCAGUGGAGGAGAGGUGAGAGUGGUCCUGGAGGAGGCCUGUGUGCCAGUGAGGUCCCAUCAGAAGCUGUGGGGAAUUGUGAGGUACAGACCAAUGUUAGUGCUCUGAAGGAACCCAUCCACGUGGAAUUCCAGAAGGAUGGCCUGAGCUACAUGGAGAAACUCCUGCUGAAGAAAUACAGAAGAACUCCAGUUGAUCAAUUUUUUGCAAGUUGCAUGAAAGAUUCAAGGCCUGUGCAAGCCCUGAGUGUUCAACAGGAUGGGGCUGAAGGAGGAGGACAAGGAGAUGAUGAUGAUGACAUUGAGGAGUUAACAGAUGAAGAGGUGAAGAAAUACUGGGCAUCUAUUUAUAGAGCUGAAGAAUCCAACACUGUUUCUGAAAAUGCAGAGUCCUCUUUGCAAAUUGAGUUCCUUGAUGAUUCUCAGAGUGAGGACUUGGAAGAAUCUUCAGACUCUUCAGUGGAGGAAACUGGAGAUGUGGGAAUGAAUAAGCAAGGAAAAACUGACCCACUGGAGGGUGGAAGAAAUCCUGUUUCUCCUAAAGAAAUUUCUCAAGAAAAACUGAUUGUCUGCAGUGAUCUUGAAAUAGAUGCAGUGCAGGAGGAGAGCAUUGAACCCAAGGCUGGGAGAGGAUCCCUGGGCUCCUGUGGACUUGCUGAGGAGAUCUCUGAGCCCACUGAGGGGGUGAGCAAAGAUCCCACUGGGGCUGCCCUGAGGAGCAGCAGGGGUCUGGAGACAGAACUGCAGCAGAGCAGGAGAGAGCCACAAGAACUGGGCAGGGUCUGCAACACCCAGAGCUUGGUCCUGCCUGGAACUGCAAAAUCUUCAGCAUUACAGGAUGUAGCCAAAAGACAGAAAUGUGGUUCUGCAUCAUAUCAGGGACUUGAAGGUUUCUUUGUUGUAGGUGCAAACCCUAAACAAGAAAAGCUGGAGGCCCCUUCUUCCCUGCCUGCUGCCUCCAGCCCUAGGGACAGGAGUAUCCCUUUUCCAGGAGAUGAGCAGUGGGUUUCUGAGAGGAGCCUGAGUGAAUGUGCUGAUGACUCUGUAGUUCAAGGUGUCUUGGAAAGUCAGCUGAACAGAGCUGCAAAAGCUUUCCAGGCUCAAAAUCAACUUUCUCACCUGAUGGCAGCAUGGAUGCCAUGGCCAGACAUUUCAGGCCAUGAAAAUCAGUCCAGCUUAGCUUGUGAAGAUGGAACCUCCUCCAGCAGAGCCAUGGAGAAGAUCUCUGGAAAUGCAGAUUUCCAGAGCACCCUGGAGCUGAAAGACCACGACCCAUUUGAUAUUUUUGGGGACUGGGAGGAAAGCCAAAUGGAUGCUGAGGAAGCAAUUCUGGAGGACAAACAGCAGGUUCUGGCAUUGCAGUGAACAUGGAAAAGUCAGUUCUGUCUCCACCUUUGCAUGGUUCAGAACCAAGAGGAUCAAGAGGUGUUUUAAGUUCUGCUCAAGACAUCAUUUACUAAGGAAUAUUCUGCAAAGUUGUCAUUAAAACUUCUUGAAAACUUCUUGAUUUGGUUUGUUAAUAAUUCUUACUAUGAAGAAACAACAGAAUAAAAGAACUUCUCUUGUGCUGCUA